CCCAACUCCCCUCGGGCAGGUUUUACAUUCAACAAUAACGUUUCUCUUCCACUUCGUGUCAUCUCCUGCGCGAGGCACUUCCUGGGCCGUCCUUUAGCAACGCCCUGUCACAUCUUUCGCGGCUUCCUGGCCAUUGUCGCUGGUCUUUCCCGCUACUGUUGAGAUCCCCCAGAUACCCGGACCUUUAUACAUAAUGCACAUCAACAACGGCAAUGGCACCGGCCCACAGACGGGCGCGGUCACACCCCGCUCUUCGGCCUCGUUGCGUCCCCUCACACUCUCCCACGGCUCUCUCGAAACAUCCUUCUUAAUACCUACCGGUCUUCAUUUCCAUGCUUCUCGCUUGAAGGAGGGUUUCGUCGCCACUCUCCCUGCACCCACCGACGAAUUGGCCCAAGAUGACGAGCCGUCGUCGGUACCCGAGCUCGUGGCACGGUAUAUGGGCUACAUUGCCCAGGAGGUUGCUGAAGGCGAGGACGACGCACAAGGAUCGGCCGAGGAGGUGCUCAAGCUCAUUCUCAACGAGUUUGAGAGGGCUUUCCUCCGCGGCAACGAUGUUCACGCUUUGGUGGCGACGCUCCCUGGCAUCGACGCCAAGAAGUUGGAGGUGAUUCGCAGCUAUUUCGCAGCACGGGCGGCAUCGAACCGAGCAAUGAAGACCCAUGAGUCGGCUCUGUUUCGGGCAGCCGACGAGGGGGCUGCCAAGCUCUACAGCAUAUUCGGCGGCCAGGGAAACAUUGAGGAGUAUUUCGAGGAGCUCCGGGAGCUCUACGAAACCUACCCAUCAUUUGUUGGAGAUCUUGUGGCGUCCUCCGCCGAACUCUUGCAGACCUUGGCGAGCCAUCCCAGCGCGGAGAAGCUGUACUCAAAAGGCCUGGACAUCAUGAGUUGGCUGCAUCACCGGGAAGCCACGCCAGAGGUGGAUUACCUCGUUUCUGCGCCGGUCAGUUUUCCUCUGAUUGGUCUUGUCCAACUCGCACACUACCAGGUUACCUGCAAGGUGCUCGGUCUCCAUCCCGGCGUCCUGCGGGAGAGGUUGAGCGGAACCACAGGACACUCGCAAGGCAUCAUUCUUGCUGCUGUAACAGCGGCGGCGAAUUCAUGGGAGUCAUUCGAGGACGUCGCCAAAUCUGCCUUGACCAUCCUUUUCUGGAUUGGUGCCCGCAGUCAACAGACCUUCCCGAUCACUUCGUUGAGCCCGUCCAUGCUUCAGGACUCCAUCGACAAUGGAGAGGGGACGCCCACGCCUAUGCUGAGCAUCCGCGACCUUCCGCAAGCCGAAGUCCAGAAGCAUAUCGAUCAGACGAAUCAGUAUCUUCCCGCUGACCAGCAUAUAUCCGUCUCCUUGAUCAACAGUCCCCGUAACUUGGUGGUGGCUGGUCCUCCGAGGUCGCUGUGCGGCCUAAACGCCCAGCUCCGAAAGGUCAAGGCUCCUACUGGUCUUGAUCAAACCAGGAUCCCCCAUACUGAGAGGAAGGUCCGGUUUGUCAACCGCUUCCUCCCUAUCACCGCCCCGUUCCACAGUAAAUACCUCGCCAAUGCCAACGCCCUAAUCGCCGAUGAUCUCAAGGAUGUCGAGAUUGAUGUCAAGAGUCUGGGUAUUCCCGUCUAUGACACCAACACUGGCAAGGACAUUCGAGAGGAGAUUGAUGGAAACAUUGUGCCUGCCUUGGUCCGCAUGAUCACCAGUGACCCGGUCCAUUGGGAGAAGGCCACUGUUUUCCCCGGCGCAACGCACAUUCUAGACUUCGGUCCAGGAGGCAUCUCGGGCCUCGGUGUGCUGACUAGCAGGAACAAGGACGGCACUGGUGUCCGCGUCAUCCUGGCCGGAACUGUGAACGGCACCGUUACGGAAGUCGGCUACAAGUCGGAACUCUUUGACCGCGACGAAGAGCACGCCGUCAAGUAUGCCGUGGAUUGGGUCAAGGAAUAUGGUCCCAAGCUCGUCAGGACUUCGAGUGGUCAGACUUUCGUCGAUACCAAGAUGAGCAGGCUGCUGGGCCUGCCACCGUUGAUGGUCGCCGGCAUGACCCCUACCACGGUGCCCUGGGAUUUCGUGGCGGCUACCAUGAACGCGGGCUACCAAAUCGAGCUCGCGGGAGGUGGCUAUUACAACGCUAAGACGAUGACCGAAGCCAUCACUAAGAUUGAGAAGGCGAUUCCUCCUGGUCGCGGAAUAACCGUCAAUCUUAUCUACGUGAAUCCCCGUGCCAUGGGCUGGCAAAUUCCGCUGCUUGGUAGGCUCCGGGCGGAGGGUGUGCCGAUUGAAGGCCUGACCAUUGGCGCGGGUGUUCCGUCCAUCGAGGUUGCUCAAGAGUACAUUGAGACUCUGGGUCUAAAGCAUAUCUCGUUCAAACCGGGCUCGAUUGAGGCUAUUCAGGCCGUCAUCAACAUUGCCAAGGCCAACCCGACCUUCCCCGUCAUUCUCCAGUGGACUGGUGGCAGAGGAGGUGGCCACCACUCGUACGAAGACUUCCACGCUCCCAUCCUCGCCAUGUACGGCCGCAUCCGCCGUCAGGAGAACAUCAUCCUCGUUGCAGGCAGCGGCUUUGGCGGCGCCGACGACACCUAUCCCUACCUCACCGGUGCGUGGUCUACCAAGUACGGCUACCCUCCGAUGCCGUACGAUGGUUGCUUGUUUGGCAGCCGCAUGAUGGUUGCCAAGGAGGCCCACACGAGCAAGGCGGCUAAGCAGGCCAUCGUCGACGCCCCUGGUCUUGACGAUAGCGAAUGGGAGAAGACCUACAAGGGCCCUGCGGGCGGAGUCAUCACUGUGAGAUCUGAGAUGGGCGAGCCGAUCCACAAGCUCGCCACGCGUGGCGUCCUGUUCUGGGCCGAGAUGGAUCAGAAGAUCUUCAGCCUGCCCAAGGAGAAGCGCGUCCCCGAACUCAGAAAGAACAGGGAUUACAUCAUUAAGAAGCUGAAUGCCGACUUCCAGAAGGUGUGGUUUGGUCAGAACCGCGAGGGCAAGGCCGUCGACCUGGAAGAUAUGACAUAUGGCGAGGUUGUUCGCCGCAUGGUCGAGCUCCUAUACGUGAAGGAUGAAGCUCGGUGGAUUGACCCUUCUUAUAUGAAGCUGACGGCCGAUUUCAUCCACCGUGUAGAGGAGCGAUUCACGAACAAGCCCGGCCAAGUGUCACUCCUUCAAGGCUUCGCUGCCCUUGAGGAGCCUUACUCCGCCGUUGAGCGCAUUCUGUCACACUAUCCCGAGGCCGAAACGCAGCUCAUCAAUGCGCAGGAUGUUCAGCACUUCCUGUUGCUCUGCCAGCGACGUGGUCAGAAGCCGGUAACGUUCGUCCCGGCUCUGGAUGAGAACUUUGAGUUCUUCUUCAAGAAGGACUCCCUCUGGCAGUCGGAGGAUCUGGGUGCCGUCAUUGACAAGGACGUUGGCAGAACCUGCAUCCUUCAGGGACCCAUGGCCGCCAAGCAUUCAACUAAGGUCGACGAGCCCGUUAAGGAGAUUCUUGACGGCAUCCAUAACGGCCAUAUUGAAGGACUGACCCGGGACCUGUACGGGGGCGAUGCCUCCAAGAUUCCCACUGUCGAGUACUUCGGCGGCAAGCUCAUCGAGACCGAAAUUCCUUUGGACAUUGAGGGCCUCACCGUCUCUAUUGAUGCCCACAAAAACACUUACCGCCUCUCAUCUGCACCCUCGACUCAGCUGCCGUCACUUGAGGCCUGGCUCUCCCUCCUCGCUGGAUCGCGCAAGAACUGGCGCUAUGCUCUGCUUCAAUCGGAUGUCAUUGUUCAGGGCCAAAAGUACCAGACCAACCCAAUCAAGCAGAUCUUUGCUCCCACUCGGGGUCUCUUUGUUGAGAUCCUCAACCCCAACGACCCUGCCAAGACGGUGAUUCUAGUCAAAGAACAGCCUCGACACAACCGCUACGUCGAUGUUAUCGAGGUCAAGUUGGUCGGCGAGAAGGAAAUCGCUGUGAACUUGAUCAAAGAUACUACCGCCCUCGGAAAGCCUGUAGCUCUUCCUCUCCGGUUCAUUUACCGGCCAGAAGCUGGCUAUGCGCCCAUCCACGAGGUCAUGGAAGGUCGCAAUGACCGGAUCAAGGAGUUCUACUGGCGUGCUUGGUUUGGUGACGACCCGCUCGACCUUGAUGCUCCGGUAACCGGCAUCUUUGAUGGCGGCAAGGCGACCAUUACCAGCGAGGCCAUCAACGAGUUUGUCCAUGCCGUAGGCAACACUGGCGACGCUUUCGUCGACCGCCCGGAGAAGACCAUGUACGCGCCGAUGGACUUUGCGAUUGUGGUGGGCUGGAAGGCUAUCACCAAGCCGAUAUUCCCGCGCAGCAUCGAUGGCGACCUCCUUAAACUUGUUCAUCUCUCCAACCAGUUCCGCAUGAUGCCUGGCGCUGAGCCUCUCAAGAAAGGCGAUGAGGUUUAUACCACGGCCCAGGUGAAUGCCGUGGUCAACCAAGAAUCCGGGAAAAUGGUGGAAGUUUGCGGUACCAUCACCCGCGACGGCAAGCCGGUCAUGGAAGUCACGUCGCAGUUCCUGUACCGCGGCGUCUACACCGACUAUGAAAACACUUUCCAGCGCACGGUUGAGAAGCCCAUGCAGGUUCAUCUCUCCUCGACCAAAGAUGUCGCUGUUCUCCGCUCCAAGAGUUGGUUUGUCCUCGAUGAUCUCGCCACACCGGAGGUUGAACUGCUGGGUCAAACUUUGACCUUCCGCCUUCAAACUCUUGUCCGGUUCAAGAACAAGACCGUCUUUAGCCAUGUUGAGACUCGUGGCCAGGUUCUCGUUGAGCUCCCGACUAAGGAGGUCAUACAGGUCGCCAGCGUCGAUUACGAAGCGGGCGAGUCCCAUGGCAACCCCGUCAUGGACUACCUUGAGCGCCACGGUGUAUCGAUCGAGCAGCCGGUCAACUUCGAGAACCCUAUCCCCUUGGGUGGCAAGACGCGUCUUCAAAUCCGUGCGCCGGCGUCCAACGAGACCUACGCCCGAGUAUCUGGUGACUACAAUCCGAUUCACGUCUCGCGGGUUUUUGCUGCGUACGCCAAUCUCCCUGGCACGAUCACUCACGGGAUGUACACGAGCGCCGCGGUUCGUAGCCUGGUCGAAACGUGGGCAGCGGAAAACAAGAACAACCGCGUGCGAAGCUUCCAUGCUUCCCUCACGGGCAUGGUGCUACCGAACGACGACAUCGACGUCAAGCUACAACACGUUGGCAUGGUCGCAGGCCGCAAGAUCAUCAAGGUCGAAGCCAUCAAUAAGGAGACAGAGGACAAGGUACUCCUCGGUGAGGCGGAGAUUGAGCAACCAGUGACUGCAUACGUCUUCACCGGUCAAGGUUCCCAGGAGCAGGGUAUGGGUAUGGACCUCUACGAUAGCAGCCCUAUUGCCAGGGAGGUCUGGGACCGUGCGGACAAGUAUCUCAUGAAUACCUAUGGCUUCGCGAUCACCAACAUUGUCCGCAACAACCCGAAGGAGCUGACUAUCCACUUUGGUGGCCCGCGCGGCAAGGCAAUUCGCCAGAACUACAUGGCGAUGACAUUCGAGACAGUGGCAGCAGACGGCUCCAUCAAAUCGGAGCGCAUUUUCAAGGAGAUCAACGAAAAGACGCAAUCCUAUACCUACCGCUCCCCCGCCGGUCUCCUUUCUGCGACACAGUUCACACAGCCGGCCCUGACGCUGAUGGAGAAGGCAAGCUUCGAGGACAUGAAGGCCAAGGGGCUCGUGCCGCGUGAUAGCACGUUUGCUGGCCACUCUCUCGGCGAGUACUCGGCCCUGGCCGCGCUCGCGGAUGUCAUGCCUAUUGAAUCACUCGUGUCAGUCGUCUUCUACCGCGGCUUGACAAUGCAAGUCGCCGUCGAGCGCGACGAAUCGGGUCGGUCGAACUACAGCAUGUGUGCGGUCAACCCCAGCCGUAUCAACAAGACUUUCAACGAAGAGGCGCUGCGGUUCGUGGUCAACAACAUUGCUGAGACAACAGGCUGGCUUCUCGAGAUCGUCAACUACAACAUUGCCAACAUGCAGUACGUCUGUGCUGGCGACCUCAGGGCUCUUGACACCUUAACUGGUGUAACCAAUUACCUGAAGGCCAUGAAGAUCGACAUUGAGCAAAUGCGCAAGGAGUUCCAGCCGGAAAUGGUCAAGGAGAAGCUUGUUGAGAUCAUCAAGGCGUGUGCCCAGGAGACAGAGGCCAAGCCGAAGCCUCUGGAACUCCAGCGCGGCUUCGCCACCAUCCCUCUCAGGGGCAUCGAUGUUCCGUUCCACUCGACCUUCUUGCGUUCGGGUGUUAAGCCUUUCCGCAGUUUCCUGCUCAAGAAGAUCAACAAGACAACGAUCGACCCCAGCAAGCUGAUAGGCAAAUACAUCCCGAACGUGACGGCCAAGCCCUUCGCACUCACUAAGGAAUAUUUCGAAGACGUCUAUCGCCUCACGAACUCUCCCAAGAUUGGCCAUAUCCUGGCCAAUUGGGAGGAUUACCAGGACGACAGCAGCGAAUUGACCACUGCUUUGACGAACGGUGAGAACGAUGCGAAGGUCAAUGGCGUCAAGGGUCAGAAUGAGGUGAAUGGCUCCGUCGAGCAUUGAAGGGGGUGAUGUUACCUUGGACGUGGAAGUCGUGGCAGUCUGGUGUGACUUUAUGACGUAUUUAGCCUUGUUUGUUACGUUACGGAAAACUUUAAUGUCUGUAGCUUAUGCGGUGUUUGGGGUGCGAUUUGGCUUUACAUUAGACUUUAGAGCUUGGUCGACAAUUGUAUCUGUUUAGCUCGUGUAGAAUGUCGCACUUUGAUACGUGUGCUUGUCUACCUGU